AGCUCUCCACGGUUUCUCUUGUUCAACUAUGAGUCUGAGAAGCAAGCGCAUCAGUUCCAGCAGCUCUGUGAGGAGCAGUGGGAAGAUGGGAGGCUACGGCUACAGCAGUUUAAGUGGGAUCUCAUUGGGAGCAUCUGCCCCGAGCUUUAGCACCAGCUCUGCCUAUCUGGGGCCUCCCAUCACUAGCGUCUCUGUCAACAAGAGCCUGCUUGCGCCUCUCAACUUGGAGAUCGACCCCAACAUCCAAAUGGUGCGCACUAAGGAGAAGGAGCAGAUCAAGUCGCUGAACAACCGCUUUGCCACCUUCAUCGAUAAGGUGCGCUUCCUGGAGCAGCAGAAUAAGAUGCUGGAGACCAAGUUUGAGCUGCUGCAGGGCCAGACCCCGGGCCGGUCCAAUGUUGAGCCCAUGUUUGAGGCUUACAUGGCCAACUUGCGCAGACAGAUGGAUGUGGUCAACAAUGACAGGACCAAGCUGGACGGAGAGCUGAGGAACAUGCAGGGACUGGUGGAGGACUUCAAACACAAAUAUGAAGAUGAGAUCAACAAAAGGAACAACCUGGAGAACGACUUUGUGAUUCUGAAAAAGGAUGUAGACUCUGCGUAUCUAGUGAAAGCUGAUUUGGAGGACAAAGUUGGUGCCCUGACUGAUGAGAUCAACUUCCUGAGAACCAUCUACGAUGAGGAAUUGCGUGAGUUGCAGGCCAGCAUUAAAGACACGUCCGUCAUUGUGCAAAUGGACAACUCCCGAAACCUCAACAUGGAUCAUAUUGUGGCCGAAGUCAAGGCUCAAUACGAGGAGAUCGCAGCCAAGAGCCGCGAAGAGGCUGAAUCCUGGUACAAGUCCAAGUUCGAUCAGAUGUCCUCUCAAGCCAUUCAGUACAACGACGAAAUGCGAAACACUAAAGGAGAGAUUGCGGAUAUCAACCGCAUGAUCAGCCGUCUGCAGAGCGAGAUCGAGGUUAUUAAAUCACAGCGCUCUAACCUGGAGAACCAGAUAGCGGAGGCCGAGGAUCGUGGCGAGAUGACUGUGAAGGAGGCCAAAGGUCGUAUUAAGGACUUGGAGGAGGCGCUUCAGAGAGCCAAGCAGGACAUGGCUCGUCAGCUUCGUGAGUACCAGGAGCUUAUGAACGUCAAGUUGGCGCUGGACAUAGAGAUCGCCACCUACAGGAAGCUGCUGGAAGGCGAGGAGGACAGAAUUGGACAGCAGCCCAUUGUGAACAUCCAGGCUGUUACCAACUACAGUUCCAAAGGGGUGAAUGGUUUUCAGCAGAACAGCUCUCCAUCACCUAAAAUCCUGAUCAAGACUACUGAAACCAGAAACAACACCAGAUUCAGCACUCACUGAAAUGUUAACCAUUAACAAAAAUGCUAUACUAUACCUA